UUGCGGUUUUUCUUCUGCUUUCUUUUUCUGGCCUUUCCUGGUUUAGGAUGUGUCCUCCCUGCCUUGAGCUGUAGUGAGAAACAAAUACGUAUAAGGAAUUUGAGAGGCUGUUCUACCUCUUCGUCUCACACAAAGUGACCUUAGUAUUUUCAUCCAGUUCUUAGUUUCAUAAGCCCACCAGAUAACCUGUAUCUGAGAAUGAGCCCUGGUCCCAGGUUAAUUUUAUGUUUGAGCAAAAUUUCAAACAAACAUAGCUGUAAAAUACGUUUUUUAAUAUUUGUUGAAUUUGGCUUAAUGAAUGAAAAUGUACUCUGACAACAUGCAUAUCAGAGAGGAAGACAAAACUGCAUAGAGACUGAAGUGUGAUCCAAACUAAAGCAAUUAGCAAGCAUACUGAGUUAAGUGCAGUAUUUUGUGUAACAGGUUUUCAGAUACAACAAACAAUGUCAUCUGAAAUGUUACUAGAUUUUAGUGAGACUUCUGGUGCUGAAAGAAAGCAAGACUUAAGUGAAGAUCAAGAGGAGAAACAGAAACCAAGAGUGAAUGAAGGGAUUGAGCCAGUAUCUAAACGACGAAUGAAGAAGCUAAGGAAACAGAAACAAUGGGAAGAACAGCGAGAACUCCGCAAACAAAAGCGGAAAGAAAAACACAAGAGAAAGAAAUUAGAACGACAGUGUCAACUGGAAUCAAACUCAGAUGGAAAUGACAGAAAACGUGUUCGAAGACAAGUUGUCCAUAGCACACUCCGCCUUAUCAUUGACUGUAGUUUUGAUGAUUUGAUGGUCUUAAAGGAUAUUAAGAAACUUCAUAAGCAGAUUCAGCGAUGCUAUGCAGAAAACCGAAGAGCACUGCAUCCUGUGCAGUUUUAUUUGACGAGCCACGGAGGCCAGCUGAAAAAGAACAUGGAUGACAAUGACAAAGGAUGGGUCAACUGGAAGGAUAUCCACAUCAAACCAGAGCACUAUAGUGAACUCAUAAAAAAAGAAGACCUGGUAUAUCUUACAUCAGAUUCCCCUAAUGUACUGCAGGAAUUAGAUGAGUCAAAGGCCUAUGUGAUUGGAGGAUUGGUAGAUCACAACCAUCAUAAGGGAUUCACGUAUAAACAAGCAUCGGAUUAUGGGAUUGAUCAUGCCCAGCUCCCCCUCGGAAAUUUUGUGAAGAUGAAUAGUCGGAAAGUUCUGGCAGUUAAUCAUGUAUUUGAGAUUAUUCUGGAAUACCUGCAAACAAGAGACUGGCAAGAAGCAUUUUUUACUAUCUUACCCCAGCGGAAAGGAGCUGUCCCCACAGACAAAGCCUGUGAUAGCUCUUCCCAGGACCAGCAGGCUGCUGGGGCAGAAGGUGGAUUGGACAGUGAGGCGGAAUGCUGCAGGAAUCAACUGGAUUCACCACAUCCAGAGGAAGCGCAGGAUGAGGAAACCCACUGAGUCCACAUGAGUCUGCCCUGCUAACACUACCUGGUUCCCUUUGAGCUUAGGGACACAUUAGGAGGAAGUGGCGAGUGAGGUGCUUCACACAACAGUCAGAUUGGAAAAGAAUGUUAUUUUCUCUUAUUUAUAUUGUGAAUUUAAAGCUUUUUUUGAACUAAAUAACAAAAAGCCCUUUAUACUUUUAAAGACUUUUUUUGUAUUUGUGUAAGAUUUAAACGUGUAUAUCUUUGUUGUUGUUUAGCUUUGAAUAAGAGUUUUAGAAGAUUUUACUUUAUUACUGGUAGUAUACCUUCAUUCUCUUUCAUUUACUGGAAAGUAUUCUCCAGAUGUGCCUUCUGACCUCUCAGUUUUAUUAUUUUAUGUUUAGAUCAACACCUUUCUGAUCUAUGGCCUGUUUAUUUGCAGAGGCAGAUAAUCAUAAACAUUCUGUAAGUAUACUAGAAUGUUGUAUAGGAGUAUUACCCACCAUUUGCAGCUUUCAUUUUCAACUUGAGUAUUGCAAAGAAAUACCAUAACUGGGAAGAAAUGCAAUUUGCUGGACUCAACGUCUUCUCUUCUGGGCCGUGGAGCCCUAACCUCUGCCUCCUUUGUAAUGUCACCGUGGAAAUAAUCACGCAGAGCUGAGAAUCUUUAAUACAUUCUCUCAGUUUCUAUAAUGGUAAUAAGUCAGUUGUGCAACUGUUUGCAGGCUUGAUUAUUGUAUAAGGCUGUUAUUUUUGAAGGAUUUUAUCUUUACUGAAUUUAAAAUAGCUCUUAGCUAUCCUUUCUGUACAUUUUUAAAAUAAAAUAUUUGUUGGCUUUUAA